AUGGACUUUGAUCAACAACUACAGCUCCGCUUCGCGCUCAUCGAGAGCUCCAAAGUCUUGCAGUCGCUUCACCUGUACCAUGGCGCCAAGUGGUCGAGCGAGGCUCUCAACGGCUUGAGCCCGCUCACAAACGAUCAGAAAGUGGCCGUGUUCCAACAAUCACAACAAAGGCCUCCGAUCUCGUUUCUCCCUGAACACUCUCACGACGACUUUCUCGAGUUCACUGAGCAGGACAAACUGCUGAUGGCUACGUCAUAUUUUAGUUUCAAGGAGUUCGACCGAUGUGCUCAUGUCCUGAAAGAUUGCGCCAGUCCUCGAGGCCUGUUUCUGAGACUCUAUGCCCUGUUCUUGAGUGGUGAGAAGACGAAGUACGACGAAACGGGGGGCGUGCUUGGCCAGCAGGACGGAAAGGUCCAGAACCAAAAAUUGACGGAAAUAUCAAAGGAACUGGAAACUUACGGCAAGCAGAGCGCAAGGGGGCAAUUGGAGGAUCCCUUUUUACUUUUCCUCAAUGGGCUUGUCGCAGCCAAGUUGAAAGACAACGCAGUGGCUCAGGACUGCUUUUACAAGUCUCUCACUAUAUACCCUUUCAAUUGGUCCUGCUGGUCUGAGCUGAUUGCCAAUCUGGCGAGUUUUGGAGAGGCGUUGAACGUCCUUAAUAAAUUCUCCAAGAAUGCCAAGUUCAUGAACAACAUACUGUACCGUGUUAUGCUGCGCUUUUUCAAGAUCACCAUCAGCCAGGAAUUUUUUCAGCAGCUCAAUGAGCUGUAUGAAGACCUGUCGUACUUGCUAGACAUUUUCCCUAAAUUCAGCUACUUGAAGAUCCAAAAAGCUCUCAUUUCUUAUAAUGCCCUCGACUACAUCGCUGCUGAGAACAUUUUCGAUGACGUUUUGGAAAGCGAUCCGCUCAGACUGGACGACAUGGACACAUACUCCAACAUUCUGUAUGUGAUGGAGAAAAAAUCCAAGCUCGCGUUCCUGGCCCAUUUUGCGUCUCAGAUCGACAGCUUCAGGCCUGAAACGUGCUGCAUUCUUGCCAACUACUACUCGCUCAAGUUUGACCACCAGAAAGCUAUCAUGUACUACAAGAGAGCUUUGGCUUUGAACAGAAACUGUCUGAGCGCCUGGACUCUCAUGGGCCACGAGUUUGUUGAGCUCAAGAACUCCCACGCGGCCAUUGAGAGCUAUAGACGCGCUGUCGACACAAACAACAAAGACUUCCGUGCUUGGUACGGUCUAGGCCAGGCAUACGAGGUUCUGGAUAUGCAUCUGUACAGUCUUUACUACUAUCAAAGAGCAUGUGCACUCAAGCCGCUUGACAAGCGGAUGUGGCAAGCGGUUGGAAACUGCAGCGAAAAAUUGGGCGAGUACGAGGAUUCGAUCAAGGCAUACAAGAAAGCCCUGUCCGUGUCAAGCGAGUACGAUCCGGUGAUAUUCUACAAACUGGCAAAUCUGUACCAGUCCCUCAAAGACGACUCUAAUGCUGCAGUGUACAUGAAACUUUGUUUGGAUGAAGAGGCCAUUGAAGGAGUCACCACAGAGACCACCAAGGCUCGUCUGUGGCUAGCAAGGUACGAGCUGCACCAUCAAAACUGGCAGGCUGCUUAUGACUAUGCAUCGCAAAUGACACACGGGACUUCGCAUGAAAUAGAGGAAGCCAGGUCCAUUGCAAGGGAAGCCCGCGUCAAUCUGAAUAGGAACGGAUAA